UGUUGAGCCGCAGUUUGAAAUCGCCCGUUCAGGAAGCGCAGCCGUGAUUGGACGGCGGGCUGCCGGCGGGGGCGGGGCCGGCAGCGGGCUGUGGGGGCGACAAGAUGGCGGCGGAGACCGUGGAGCUCCACAAGUUGAAGUUGGCCGAGCUGAAGCAGGAGUGCCUGGCCCGGGGGCUGGAGGCGAAGGGCAACAAGCAGGACCUGAUCAACAGGCUGCAGGCCUACCUGGAGGAGCACGCUGAAGAAGAAGCAAACGAAGAGGAUGUUCUGGGAGAAGAAAUAGAGGAAGAAGAGCAGAAGCCAGCAGAGCCGCCCACCAAAGUAGAAGAGCCUCCUGUAAAAACGCCUGAUGUGAGCACGGAGAAGAAAGUAGUGAAAAUCACAUCAGAAAUAUCGCAGAUGGAGAGAAUGCAGAAGAGGGCUGAGCGCUUCAACGUGCCCGUGAGCCUGGAGAGCAAGAAGGCAGCGCGUGCAGCUCGGUUUGGUUUGGCCACAGUUUCGACAAAAGGUCUCUCUGCAGACAGCAAACCUACGGUAAACAUGGAUAAAUUAAAGGAAAGGGCUCAGAGAUUUGGGUUGAAUGUCUCUUCGCUCUCCAAGAAGAGCGAAGAAGAUGAGAAGCUGAAGAAGAGGAAGGAGCGGUUCGGCAUCGUGACGAGUUCAGCCGGGGCUGGAGCCACAGAGGACACAGAGCUCCCCGUAGUUGUAUGAUUGUGCUACUUCACUCGUUCGACUUCUUAAGUUCAAAAACAAACAAACAAAAAAAAAACAAACCCACAAAAGUAGGGCAAAAAGAAGGAACUGUUCCUGGUGCGUUUUCUCAGCUCGGAGCCCCGAGGUGGGAGCUGCUGCCCUCUCCCCGUGCGCUGUGGGGCUCGUGGGGCCCUCGCUGGUUGCUGUCCUGGAGUGGAAGUGCUCAGUGCUGCUGAGCGAGGAGCUGCUGCUGCUCCGUGGCUGCUGGUUGGGUGCUGUCCCCAAACGUGGGCCCUCUCCCCUCCUUGUUUGUAAGAACGGGAAGACGCAGCAGGCGGGGGCAGCUCUCCCUGCCUGCCUCAGCACGGUGAAGCUAAUGGGAGCUGUCACAGCCAGAAUUGCCAAUUAACCUUAAAUCAAGAUCGGUGUCCUAAAACGAGGAGGAAAAAGCGGCCGUGUGUUUGCCAGCGGAGCCCACUCCCAUGCUUUCCUUUUGGCCCCUCCGCUGCCUUUUGCGCGCGUUCCUUCAGGCCAGCCAUGCAUUUCUCUCCUAAAGCACAACUGCUCCUUGCAGCCUCGUGCUCUGGGCUUCACGUUGCCCUCGCUCUGCUGCAGAACCGGCUGCUGCCCGGCUUAGCAUUGCCGGGGGGCACCUCUGCCCCUAAGGCAGCCGGGCCAACCCAUCCCUGGGGUCCAGCAGAGCCGUGCCUGCCGCCCUCCUUCCUGCACGAGGGCCGGCUCCAAGCGCUCUCCGUGCAGCUCCAUCCCUUGGCUCCAGUCCUUCUGCUGCCUGAGGGCCCCCUCCAGUUGUAGGCUCUGCAUUUCUGUUAUCACGGAGCCGUUGGCAUCGUCCUCCUGAGCGUACCGCAGUCAGGCGGAUGCGCACACGUGGAGCUUCCCAGAGGCCGGACCCGGUUCUCCAUAAGCAAUACACCCCUCUGUUUUUGAAGAUGAAACUCCUCAAACUGCUCCUGUUCCACGGCCACGAGCAAUACCUGGGGUCCCAUCCCCUCCCCAUAGCUGUGACCCACGGCUCCGGGCUCUGUCGGGUCGGUGGUGGCCAAGUGAACCGAAGCUCCCCGACGCUUUUCCUGGUUUAACGUAAGAACUGGACUCAGAUGACGACGACGACGACGACGGUGAUUAAUUAUUAUUAUUAUUAAUUUUCUUUUUUUUUUUUCUUUUUUUUUUGUACGUCAGAUUUUGUAAGACGUAUUUUCUAAUUCGCCUCGUGAUCCUUCCGCUGGUUCUUCGCUUGAAACGUUUUGUAGUGCGCCGGGGCAAGCGCUGCAUUUCAUUCUCGGUUUCAUAAUAAAAGUGCUCCUCCAAGGCAA